GGUACGGAAGUUGUUUUGUUUACGACGGUAGAACAAUUUGAAUAUUUCAUUGGACUAUUAGGGUGUGUUUUGUGUCCACCGGCAGAAUCGCUUUCGAAUUCGUUUAAUUGGAAAUGAAAGAUACUAAUUCAGCUGUCUUUUGACCUAGGGAAGCAGUGAACUUUAUGUCAGAACUAGCAUGAAUGGAACCAUUUGUGGAGAGGGUAGAAUAGAAUAGCUGCUGUUCAGUCAUGCCUGAUUAUUACACAAAAUGGAAAGACAACAUCCGCUACUAUUACUUCGUCAAGUUUACACUUAACGUGUACUCUAUGCUCUUUUCGCUGGUGGGGCUGUGCGUGCUGUGCGUGGGGCUGUACGCGGAGGUGGAGCGGCAGAGGAACCGCACCCUGGAGGGCGUGUUCCUGGCCCCGGCCGUGGUGCUGAUCCUGCUGGGCCUGGUCAUGUUCACCGUGUCCCUGGUGGGCAUGGUGGGCUCGCUGCGGGACAACAAGACCCUCCUGCACAUGUUCCUCUGUGUGCUGUGUGCUCUUCUGGCCCUGCAGGCGUUGGGUCUCAUCAUUGCGCUCAUCUUUGAGAAGAAGACAUCUUCCCUGUUUCACAAGACCAUUCGUGAAGGGAUAAAGCACUACUACGACGACCUGGACUUUAAGAACAUCCUGGACUAUGUGCAGCGAAAGUUCUCCUGCUGCGGGGGAGACGAGUACAAGGACUGGGCCGUCAACCAGUACCACUUCUGCAACGGGACGGGUCCCCUGGCAUGUGGGGUCCCCUACACGUGCUGUGUUGGUCACAAGGCGGGAGAGGUUGUCAACACACUCUGUGGCUACAAGACUUUGAAAGAGCAGCGUGAGGUUCUGGACGGGAUCAUUCACGUUCGUGGCUGCAUCCACGCCGUCAACCUGUGGAUGGGGGACAACAUUGGUGCCACCAUUGGCCUCUGCUGUGCACUGGGCCUGCCACAGGUGUUUGGCAUCCUCCUCAGCUGUGCCUUCUGGAACCUCCUGGUGGAGAUGAGCGAGUCUGAGGACAUGGUGGACUUCAAGAUCCUGAAGCGAGCCGGCUACAAGUACGGCGAGCUGGACCUCGCUGGUGCCGGCUGGUGCAUGUGCCUGCCCCGCGACGGAGGCUACCUGCCCGUGCCCGACUCUGAACCCGAGCUCGAGCACGAACCGGACACCUGGGCCGCGGCCCCUGACGUCACCUUUGUUGACGUGGACCAAGUCAAAAUCCAGGAGCCGGUUUUACACUCCAUGCCCGAGACGCAGGGGACGUCGGCAUCACUGAUUGGUGUCGAUGAAGUAGACACUCAUGCAUGAGGGAUAAUCAUAAUGAGGGAACACAUUGUAGAUUCUCUUUAUCAAUUGUUUUUUUGUUUGUUCAGGGUUUUUAAAGGAGCUUCGUUAUUUUGCACUGUAUGAUGAAGGGUUUAGAAAAUCCAGGAAGUGUUUUUAUAUUUUUCAUUUUUAUUUUUAUUGUGCGUUUAUGUUUUGUUUUGUUUUAUUUGAGGUAUACAUUUGUGUAUGUAUAUCAAAACUGUUAUAACUGUUGAUUAGUAUUCCAGUAAUUUUUAUCGUUUGAAAGUACAUCAGUUUUAUGAUAUUAGGCUAUUUUUGUCUCUGUUUUGAGUCUUUUUUAACUUAGGAUUCUCUACAAACACUGUGGAUUACGUAGUAUUGUAGGUGACAAAUGUGCAUUGACAAUGACAUGAUGUGUUUUUGCUAAGAGCUUUUAUGACAUAUCGGUAGCAUUACAUUGUAAUUUGUAAUAGUCGUUUUUAAAACGGUGUCGAAGUUUUACUUGAAGUUUUUGAAGGUUUUAGUUGUUAAUCUCAGGGCUAAAUGAUGGCCCAGUCUCUUGGAUGGAUAUAGAAUCACAGAAAACAAUUUGGUAGCACUUUCUUUUGAAGGGUAAGGACGGAGACCAUUUAACCAUCAUAAGAAUGAUCUGACCCAUGACAGGAACAUUAGUGACACAUUAUUAAGUUUAUAACUUGUCACAGUGUGUCAUCUGGUUUUUUGAAUGUCAUGACACCCUAACAAUGUGAACUUGUCUUUUCCAAAAGGGAAUUUCUCAUCAUGAUAUAAAGAAUAGACUAAGCGCGACAUGAGCGAUUCCAGCGAUGGAAGUAAUUGACUUUGUAUUGAGUCGCGUGACAAAGGGAUUUGGGCGACUAGAGGCGAUUUGCGCAACUUGAGCGACAGUUUGUACGUGUAGUUGGACUCUUGAGUGAAAAUUGUGCAAAAUAGCUAUGAUGUGGUUCGGCGACAGCCGCCACAGCCAAUGGAAUGUUGGAAUGCUCGCAUUCUGCUUUUAAACGGAUUUACUCUGUCGCUUCUAUCGCUCCUAUCACUCCUAUCACUCUUGCUGCACAGUCCAGCGAUUCUCUUUCACUUCAUCUUGUCAAGGCUGGUAUAUUCGCCUGGUAAGUCAUAAACAUCAACAAUGUGCCAUUAAUGUUCCUGAUGUGGGUCAUCAUGUCAUUCUUAUCCUGGUUACAUGACGCCAUGAAGUAGACCCCUUCAAAUAAAGUGUUACUGUUAUUUCAGUCUUUCAGGUUUACCAACCAACCAUGCCUUGUUUAUGGAACAGUACGUGAUUUGUGUAUUAUCUAUAUCUGAAUUUCAAAUUGAAUGGAACUACUUUGCUUAUUUUUUCACCAGUUUUAGAUGGGAAACUGUGUCUUUCACAAAAUCAUUUUUUCUAUUCAGGUUAAUCACACUCAUAAACACGUUGUAAAGACAUAAAACUGACAUGAACUGCUUCGAGGACACAAGAGCUGUGUCUUGCCUGCAUUUAUCUUAACACUGUUAUCUAAUCCUUGACAUUGACUGCCAUCCUCAAUAAAGAAACAA